GAAAAAUUCUGAACAUCAAUUGAGCUUUAUAUACAAACUCUUCACUUCAAUUAACGCCUAAUACUCCUUGACCAUUUUUGAAUCACUCAUCGCACAAUGUCCUUUACACGCACCCCCCUCCGCCUCUCGCGGGCUAUCAAGACCACACGCCCCCAAGUCACCCGCCGUACAUACGCCUCAGAGCCUGCGCCGCAACAGGGCGGCAACAACUCGACAUGGAUGAUCAUUACCGCCGCCCUCGGCAUCCCUGCCGCGUAUUAUCUCUUCGCGGGUCGCGGAGAUACCCACCCAACCCCCUCUGAGAAGGACCAGCCAGCGAGCCGAAAGGCUCCUGCUGGAGGGAACAGCAUGUCGUCGAAGCAGGAAGGUCUGAGCAACAAGGAUACGAGCAACCCAUAUAUCAACGAGCCCGGCAAGAGUAUAACGGGCGAAGGCGAGACAGAGUCGGCCAAAUUCAAGGGGACGGUUUCGCCGCAGAGGCCGCAAAACUGAGCACGUGCUCUUUGUAUGAUACGAAACUAUUGAGGGUCCAGUAAUAGAAUAAGCAAUUGUACACAUUUGCAUAAAC